GUGCUUUGUUGGGUCAUGACUCAACCGAAGACCCAUCAUACCAGAGCACAACUUGUGAAAGCAACCUGGGGGAGGAGAUGUAACAAAUUGCUAUUCAUGAGCACAGUUUACGACAAGUCGAUACCAACAGUGAAGUUGUUAGUAAACGAAGGUAGAGAUUAUCUGUGGGCGAAAACAAAAGAAGGUUUUCGUUACGUAUACGAACAGCAUCGCAGUGAAGCUGAUUGGUUUCUCAAAGCAGACGAUGACUCUUAUGUGGUGGUUGAAAACCUUCGAUAUUUAUUACACAAUUAUAGCAGCAGAGACCCUUUAUAUUUUGGGUGCAGAUUCAAACCUUAUGUUAAACAGGGUUAUAUGGCCGGUGGUGCAGGAUAUGUAUUAAGCAGAGAAGCUCUGAAUUUGUUCGUCAAUAAAGGUCUAUCGUCGACUGAUAAAUGUGCUGCAGUCGACUUCGGGCCCGAGGAUGUUUUAAUGGGCAAAUGUAUGGAACUCAUUGGAGUAAAAGCAAUGGACAGCCGCGACACUUUCGGCCGUGGAAGAUUUUUUCCAUUCCGUCCUGUAGCUCAUUUGUUCCCGUUAUAUGAGAAAGAUUUUUGGUACUGGAGCUACUUAUAUUACCAGGCUAGAGAGGGUUUGGAUUGCUGUUCUGACUUCGCCAUCUCAUUCCACUACAUUAACUGCAAGCAAAUGUAUGUACUGGAUUACCUAAUAUACCACUUACAUCCAUUCGGCAUCAACUACAAGGAUGAGCUGUAA